UGCACAACGCAACGCACACAAACAAACUAAAUCAAAAUAAAAAUUGGAGCUAAAAUAAUCAACAACGAUUGCUAGUCGCUGCGACUAAAAUUUUUUUUCUCCUCGAAAGUACGAUCACUGCGGUUCACCUAAUAAUUGUAGUUGUGAAAAGUUAAUGCUGCCUCUCAUUAGUUUUGAUAGCUGCAUGCUUAUUCAAAUGUGUCGCCAGAAUGUGGAAAGGAAGUGAACACUGAUACCCACAAUUUCUUGUUCCAUAUAUAUAGAAGGAGGAUUCGUUAGUCAUUGUCAUCGAUUUUCACUUGAUGGUGGGAUUCCCAAUAAACAAGGGACUCGCUUUACGUGGCUAAUUGUAGAAUAAUAGGGCUUGUAGUCCGAAACACCCACUUCCUAUUUCAGUGAGCGAGAUAAAUAGGCAAGAACGUUGGCAUUCUCAAGGCCAUCAUCAUCAAGUGGCUGAUUGCUAAAUUAUUACGAAUCUCGCAAAAUUCUCUGGCUGGAUGGGUAGUUAGCUUGAGACAGCAUCAGUAAAACAAGCGUCAAUAAUCUCCCUCUUGGAUAGGUCAGGGGGGAAGAAGACUGAUAAUAUUUUGAUUUGAUAUCAACCAUCUUGGAAUCGCGGAAGUCUGGCGCGGAUGAUGGUUGGGAUGAGUAGUUUUACGCUAGAUUCUUCGCUUCUCGCUAGCGCGCUGAGUAGCACCGGAGUCGGCACCGGGAUUCUGUUCCAAAAGCAUGACCUCGAGCGGAAAGCCCUGACCGACGAGCUGCUGGCAAUCGUCCAAGAGUGCCAACGCAAGUACGGCGGCAAAACCGAACUUGCCACCGAAAGUGAUUCUAGAAUUCUUCUGCUUUGUGACACAUGGGAAAGAGCACUAUCUCACGGACUUAAGUCGACCAACUCAGUGCUGAAAAAUGUAACGGACCUAGUUGCAGGGAGUGGUCCCGAGCUUCCAGUUUUCUGGAACUUUGCCUUUAAACAUCUGACGAAUCACGAAAAAGAACGAUUUUCCACUCUUCGGCAUGUUUGGACCAAUGGUGGUAAAGGGAAAUCAUUGCUCCGAGCUGUUUUGAAUGAAAGGGCCCUCGAGCGGUACAUGCUGAUGUGGUUGGGUGAUCCUACGAUACUGCAGGAAAGCUAUGAAAGUUGGGCUUUGAUGAGAGAUCCUGAAAUAACGGGACUUUUACCGAAUAUGGCAGCAGGCUUAAGUACAAUCCUUUUUGCCAUAGCCAUAGAUGCACCAGAGCUAAACGCUCCCACUCGAUUGGUACCCGAAAAAACGGAACCAAUAAUAGCUACACAACCACCAGCAGGCCGAGUGAGAAAGACGAAUAUUGUCCAGAGGGAAAUUCUUGACGAAACUACAUCACAACCCAUUCUAAAUUUAUCAAGAUCACCAGUUGAUUCAGCGUCACUUUCCCGAACGGCCAACAUUAACAUAGUUCGAGAACACAGCGCGGCCACAACAGAAGAACCACGAGAAGCUUACUCCGUUGAAGAUGCUCUAAAUAGCCUCACCAUUCUUCGACGUAGUAAAAGCCGAGAAUCAACAUCAGGUAAAGCAUCCAGUUCCGUCGAACCUCAAGGAUCGGGACCUUUCAGCCCUGAUCGUGCCUUGGAAGCCUCCGAAGAUUUCAGUAUUAUGGAUAUUUCGAACAUAUCAAGUAGUGCAUCGACGGCUGCCAACACUACAGCAACAACAACGGCUUCCAAUACGUCAAGUUCGGAAAAUUAUGCAUCCGAUUCAUCGAUGCACCAUUUACUGUUGUACAGCAACCACGAAACAGAGACUGAACACGACCCGGAACGUUGCACGGCCCUGGUUGACAAAUUAAAACGACGAUUAACAGACUCCGAAGACCGUUGCCAGAUGAUGGAAGCUAGGGUGGCAGAACUUAGUUUGGAAAACAAUCGUCUUCGCAUGUUGUCUCGCUCGCAUCGUCUUUCCCUGAUGCACUUUCAAAUCUCGAUUCCCAAAGCGAUUCUACGAACACCGGUUAGUGGUCGAAGGCGGGCGCACUAUUGCUAUGAAAUUCGGAUAUCACCUUCCAUGAAUGUUACCAAUAGUAGCACGACCACGCCAUCAUCUUUCGACAACUACAACAGCCAAAUGACCGGCCAGGUCACCAUUCCUAGGACAACAGUCGCCAACGCCUCUGUAGGGAACGACGAUAGUUGGUCCGUCUUUCGCCGGUACAGUGAGUUUUAUCGCUUGCACAAACGGCUGCAAAAAGAAUACUCGAACGUAAAAACACUUGACUUUCCACCAAAGAAGAAAAUUGGCAACAUGAAUGCCCAAUUUGUCGAACAGCGACGCCAACGGUUACAGGUCUACCUUAACAGUUUGUUCAUUACGGUCCUGCCGGAGGUUUCCGCUUGCAGUACCCGAUCCCAACUGGAGCAAGUAUUUCCCUUCCUGAAGGAUGGCAUUCACUAAACAAUUUACCAAACGAAAAAAUAGGAUUUUAAACAAACGUGCGUAUCGUCCCGAGAUCACUAUAUAAUCCCAAGGAUUUCAAAUCAACUACUCAAUUAUGAAUAUUUUGCUUGCUUUAUAUUACAACAAAAGCGAUGUUUUUCGGAUAACUAUUUGAACGUUUUGUUUGAAACAUUAUAUCCAUUUAAGGCGAAAUUAACUGACGAGCUUUAAGAUAACAGUUCUUUUUUUUUCAAA